AUGAGCCAAGUGAUCAGAGCAUUUCAGAAAAAUCGGAACUUUCUGAAAAUUUUGUGAAUAAAAUUCACAAUUUUCAUGAUCAAAAUAUUGACAAAUCUAUAGAGGAUAACCAGUUGGACCGUAACUUAUCCUCCAGAAAGGAUUCAUCUGGAGAUGAUGAUUUUACUGUUCCUUCCGAGCAGGAAGUGGAACGUGAUUUAAUGCAAGAAUUGUCUGUUCCAUCCACUAGUAUAAUAGACACAGAAAUUUCGCUCAACCCACCAGUAAUCGAUAAAAAACAGCAAUUUUCUAUUACGCCAGAGUGUAUAGUCUAUAAGUUUCGAAAAGCUAUUCGUUCUGGACAUGAGGAGAUUUUACACUGGUAUGGCUUUGCAGAAAGUUUUGAUAAAAGAAUCAAUGAAAUUCAUACUAUCAACAAAGUUAAAAUCAAUACUGCGAAACAACAAGUAUACCAAGAAGUUAAAAAACUACUUCCAGAUAUUA